AUGGGCUCAUUUAGGAGGAUUCUUAAAACAAAAUUAUCUUUAUCCAAUGAUACAUCUAUUGCUGCAUUCCAUACACCCUCAGUAUAUAACCUUACAUACCUUUACGACAGUCAAGUACAAGAUAAGACCGCAGCUUUAUAUAAUAUUUCAAAUGACAAAG